CCGGGCAGCAGCGAAGCUAGAGUGAGCGGGCAGCAGGGAAGCGAAAGAAAAAGGAGAAGUGAGCGGGCAGCCAGAGAAAAAGAGAAGCGACCGGGCAUCUCCUCUUUGACCCUUGUCCCCUCUUGCCGUUGCCGGCUCCUCUCCUCUCCCCGCGCCUCGUCCGCCUCCUCUCCUCCCUCUCUCUCGUCUCCUCACCCGCACUGCCAGCCUCUUCUCUCUGCUUGCCCCAGCCGUCUCUCUCCUCCCGCGCGCCGUCAGCCCCGGAUCUGGAGGAAGAGGAGAGAUGCGGGGUUUGGAGGAAGAGGAGAGAUGUGGGAUCUGGAGGAGGACGUUGCCGGCUCCUCUCCUCUCCCCGCGCCUCGUCCGCCUCCUCUCCUCCCUCUCUCUCGUCUCCUCACCCGCACCGCCAGCCCCUUCUCUCUGCUUGCCCCAGCCGUCUCUCUCCUCCCGCGCGCCGUCAGCCCCGGAUCUAGAGGAAGAGGAGAGAUGCGGGAUUUGGAGGAAGAGGAGAGAUGUGGGAUCUGGAGGAGGAAGAGGAGAUCCGGGCGUCCCAGCGGUGGCUCGACCGAUGCAAGGUGACCUCCUCAUCUCUGACGCGGCCUCUAACCACAUUCUCGACGACGACGCGCUACUCAUCCCUGCCGGCUCCGAUCUCGUUAUCAAGCGCGUGCCCAUCAAGUUCGUGGACGGCCGCGGGGACGCAUCGGCUCCUUGUCAGGACAAAGCUGAGGAGCAGCAUGGCUGUGGGCGCAGUGACCGAGGCGAUGGCAUUGCGUCAUUUCUGCCUCCAUUUCAUAAUUUUGAUGAUCCAGAUAAGGCUGUUUGUCCUGGUUUGGAGGCAGAUGGUAAAAUUCAGACCUGUUUUUAUCACUGGUGGUUGCGAAUCUCAGGCUUUGCAUGUCCGUCUAUGACAUCCUUGCCGUCGAAGGCAGAUUCAUCUUUCCAGGAUAGGGCUGCUCGACGUAUAAAGCUCUACAGGAUUCGAUGAUGGAUGUGUGAAUGUGAGCAAUCAGGAUAUAAAUUCUUCCAACAACAAGACAUGCAUUCAGGAAUAUGUUGCGUCUUAGCUUUGCAGCUUCACAUUGUAGGAUUAAUAUUUGGCACCUGACAUGAGAUUGAGAAAUACCAUGCUUUAAUUAAUUAUUAGUACAUACCUUGUGCAGGGCACAUAAAAUAUAUCUGAUAUCGCUUUUUUAUGAAUACUUUUAUCUUUUCUAUCCUAAUUCAGUAGCACCA